CAAAACAACGGUUCCUCAGGCAAGCAUGGCAGAGGUGGCGGUGUAGUGUACCCUGCCGGGAGAAGGUCGUACACAUUGUGUAACCUUUAUGUUCAAUUGCGUUAGCGUGUAUACAAGUUUCAGUUUCAGGUCAUUUGGUAUCUAACUAAAUUUGUGUUCUCCGUUAAAAGCAGGUGUCAAACCCACAGCUCAUGAAAUCAUGGGAGCGUCUGCAUCUACAGAAAUUGCUUCAGACAUGUUUGAGCAGAAAAAAGGACAGUUUCCGUCUCAGUUUCAAUUUGAUUUGAACAAUAAAGCAUCUCAAAAGGUCACAGAUGAAGGUGUCAAGCUGAUGCCCGGCGGAGCCUUUGCUCCUCCUCGAGAGUGCCCUGUCCAUCAAGUUGGUGAUGGGAAAGGUGUCGCUGGACAGCUGAGGAUUGUCGACUCUGGUGCUGUGCCACAUCUAGCCAACCAGUCAACAGUAUUUCCUGGCAGCUCACCCCAGAAAGCUCAGGUCAUAACAGAACCCAUAGCAAAGCCAUUAAACCAAGCUUCUGAUCCCAGAAAAUUUCCAAGUGAAUGCCCCAUGCAUCAGUCCCCUCAAAAGCAGGCUCCCAUGGAGACACACCAGAAGCCUUCAUCGUACCCAAGUGAAUGUCCCAUGCAUCAGGCUUCUCAGAACACUCCUGAAAGACCAAAAGUUUUUGCCAGUGAGUGUCCUAUGAGUCAAGGAGAAGGAGCUGCACCGAUGGCUGAAGAAUUCAAUGCGGACAAUAUGAUGCCAGCACCAAAUCAAAGGCCCUCACCAGACCAGCCGUUUUCAUUGUCCACGGACAGGAUCAAGUCUUCCAUACCGAAAGCGAACUCUGAUGAAACUUGGGUCUACCCGUCACCUCAGAUGUUUUGGAAUGCAAUGCUUCGGAAAGGAUGGCGCUGGAAGGAUGCCGAAAUCGAACAGAAGGACAUGGACCAUAUAAUAAAUAUUCACAAUGCUAACAAUGAGUUGGCAUGGCGAGAAGUGUUGAAAUGGGAAGCACUCCAUUCUGAUGAAUGCAUGGAACCAAAACUGAAGAGAUUCUCUGGCUUUGCAACAAAAUUCUCUCCAAGAGCAAGAAUAAGAUCCUGGCUUGGGUAUGAGCUUCCAUUUGACAGGCAUGAUUGGGUAGUAGACCGAAAUGGGAAAGAGGUCCGCUAUAUCAUCGACUACUAUGAUGGUGGAAAAGUUAACAAAGACUAUGAGUUUGCUCUCUUGGAUGUGAGGCCUGCCUUAGAUUCCUUUGAAGCUUUCAAAGAUCGAAUGAAAGUGGCUAUGUGGAGAUGGACUUCAGGAGGCUCGGAUGAUGCUGUUACUCCAACAGCAAACGGUGCAGGUGCUGCUGAUACUACGACCAAAAGUGCAGAACAAGAAAGGUCCUCUCGUUUCAUGGCCCGCAGUCUAAGCGAUGUCGAAAAAGAAGCUGAUAAAAAAAAUUCUGUAAGCUGAGAGGUGUGGGAUAAUUAGGGAAGGCAGAGUUGUGCCUCAUAAUCAGAGUCGACUUUAGAACAUCAUUUUUUUAUGAGCAGGAAAAAAAUCAGUACUUCAAUACUAUGACUAGUUUGCGUUAUAUGCUUUUGAAACCUUCAGUUCAUAGGGCUUUUUGAUUCACUAGGCCAAUACAAAACAAUUAGUUGUUUCAGUAUUAUCUAGUGUCUACAUAUUUUUAUACUUCCCUUUUUAUCCCGAAUAUUCCUUUCAGUCAAUUGAAAUUUACACUUUUUGUAUGAAAUUUUAGCAUUCAUUCCUUUUAAUUCAAUGGCGGGGCUUUAUUUUAAUUUUAUGCAAGUAUGCCUACUGUACCAUAGUCCUAAACCAGUUUGAAAAGUCAGCAAGGCCUGGAGCCUCAUUUAGUGUAUCACUUUGCACUUGCUUGGUUCAGUCACUUUUUGCAUAUAUCCGAUGGCACGCUUAUGAAAUCUGGAGAGGGUAAAGCCUUUUGUCCUAUAUAUUCCAGUGAUCAAGGUCUAUUCUAAGUGUUACUGUUUUACACCCCCUUUUACUAGUUUUACAUUUAUUCACAGCUAUCUUUUGUGUGUAAAUUGUUGUUCUGGGUUGGGUGUGCUUAGACGAGACAACAGUUUAAACUCUGCGUAGAAACAGAUCUUGCACCUGUAAAAAAUUUGAUUUCAGUAGAAACAGAUCUUGCACCUGUAAAAAAUGUGAUUCCAGUUGUAAGGACACAUUGAUACAUAGUCCUUUUAGAUAUUAAAAAAAUUAAAACGUGUACAGCUGUAUGGUGAUGAAAUAUCCAUAGUCAGAGAUUUUAAGUUCAGUCUGAAAAUUUUCAGGCAUGUAGUAUCGUGUGUUUGGCUGGUUCUUUGGUGUGGUCAACUUCUUUGAAGUAUUACAAUUGUUUUAGUCUGUGUCCUGGCAAAUUAUAAUUAGUACUUAUGUGGCUACAUAUAGUAGGCCUACAUAUCUGUUCCCAACUAAGCAAACAAGUCUCCCUCCCACAGAAAACCUUAUUUGGGCUACUCUUUCAUCGAAGUGAUAGUUGAUCUCUAGAAAUUGAAGUUACUUUCACUUUCUCAGUUCAGCAUCUUUGUCGCUCAGCAGUUUUUUCUCUGUGCUCAAUGACAGUAUACCUGUGUAUAUAAUAUAGUAUGUGGACCAGUCAGAGGCUAUCUUCCACACUGUGUAUUUUAGACCUAGCAUAUGCUGGGAUCAAGAGAGGAAGGAUGGGUGGCCAGCACAUACAUGUGUAGCUGUAGACAUGUCUGUCUGAUAGUGCUGAGUGGAGCAUAAGUGUUCCCAGCAUGGAACGUUAGCCGUCCACAUGGGCUAGCUGGCUUAGGCCCCACACUGCAGUGCAAUUUGUUCUUCAAACAGUUUCAUAUGACAUGGGUGUGCAUUUGAAUGACCUGCCUUUUUACACCACAUGCACUUCAGCAGAGUUCAGUGUAUUUUGCAGCACAUCUUCACUUUUCUGUAGUACAUCGGAUGUUUAGUUUUCAUCGUUGGUCAAGGACACAUUCAGUUAGGUAACAAAGAGAAGAAAUGACUCUUGUUUGGAAUCAACUUGCUCUGUUGCUCAGAUAAGCUGGUGGUAACUUUAUAUGGGCUUUAUGUAGCCCAAACAAGGGGGUGCUUAUUUGGGCUACAUAUUUCAAAUAGCAUAAAAUAGGGUCACCCAUUAUAAUUAUGGCCAUUAGUCAUAAUGCAACUGGACGUACUCUAUGGCUCAAUUUUUACCUCGACUUCAAACAAUGAAACGAGAACGAAAACUCUAGCCAUUUACAAUGCAUUGCAGAAUGUGAUGUCUUUCAAAUGUGUCAAUGAAGUGUAAAACUUGCCUUUGUCGAACCUUUGUUGACCAUUGCUUACUUAUCCAUAUAACAUGUGUUUAAUUUUUUUUUUUCACCAGUCCUAUUUAUUUAAAUGGACAAAAAAGGAAUGAGUUUAGGUACUGCUCUAUAUUUAUUUAUGUUUGACUGGCGUGAUGCAAUGAUCAGCCUGAGAGUUAGAGUAGAGCUUAUUUCCAGGGAAUAAAAAAAUAACUAGCUCAAAAGGUUAAUUUAGGUUUUAGCCCUGUAACAACAAGCAGCGUGAUGGAGAAGUUUGUUGAAAAAAAUAACUUAUGUACAUUUCUCUGGUUGAAUAUUGUGUUUGUGUUGCCAUUAAAAUUAAACUUGUCAACUU